CAGGGCGCGAUCCUGGAGACCCGGGAUCGAGUCCCACGUCGGGUUCCCGGUGGAUGGAGCCUGCUUCUCCCUCCGCCUGUGUCUCUGCCAGCCUGCCUCUCUCUCUCAUAAAUAAAUAAAUAAAUCUUAAAAAAAAAAAAAAAACCCACACGUGGAGCAGCUGAAAAACUUCCAUCCGCACGUGGUACUAAGCAAACAUCACAGACACGGGCUGUUUCUGCUGCUGCGGUCCCCGUCCCGCCUCAAGCACCUCCUUCUUCCCAGAAAACCUGGCCCUGCCCUAGCAGGGCGAACUGCUCAACAAACUCGGACAGCACCUCUUCCCCAAGACCCGGACUGCCGAGGCUCCUGGACGACGAGGAACCGCCCAGCAUGGCAUCGGAGAGUGGGAAGCUGUGGGGAGGCCGGUUUGUGGGCGCAGUGGACCCCGUCAUGGAGAAGUUCAACUCGUCCAUCGCCUAUGACCGGGCCCUAUGGGAGGUGGACGUGCAGGGCAGCAAGGCCUACAGCCGCGGCCUGCAGAAGGCGGGGCUCCUCACCAGGGAGGAGAUGGACCAGAUACUCCAUGCACUGGACAAGGUGGCUGAGGAGUGGGCUCAGGGCACCUUCAAAGUAAACCCCAGUGAUGAAGAUAUUCACACGGCCAACGAGCGGCGCCUGAAGGAGCUCAUCGGCGAAACAGCAGGGAAGCUGCACACGGGCCGGAGUCGGAAUGACCAGGUGGUCACAGACCUCAGGCUUUGGAUGCGACAGGACUGCUCUAGACUUUCCGCCCUCCUCUGGGAGCUCAUCAGAACCAUGGUGGACCGGGCAGAGGCGGAACAUGACGUCCUCUUUCCAGGGUAUACACACCUGCAAAGGGCUCAGCCCAUUCGCUGGAGCCACUGGAUUCUGAGCCAUGCUGUGGCACUGACCAGAGACUCUGAGAGACUGCUAGAGGUACAGAAGCGGAUCAAUGUCCUACCCCUCGGGAGUGGGGCCAUUGCAGGCAACCCUUUGGGUGUGGACCGGGAGCUACUCCAAGCAGAACUGAACUUUGGGGCCAUCACUCUCAACAGCAUGGAUGCCACCAGUGAGCGAGACUUUGUGGCUGAGUUCCUGUUCUGGGCUUCGCUGUGCAUGACCCACCUCAGCAGGAUGGCCGAGGAUCUUAUCCUCUAUGGCACCAAGGAAUUCAGCUUUGUGCAGCUCUCAGAUGCCUACAGCACCGGAAGCAGCUUGAUGCCCCAGAAGAAAAACCCAGACAGCCUGGAGCUGAUACGGAGCAAGGCAGGGCGAGUGUUUGGACGGUGUGCUGGGCUCCUGAUGACGCUCAAGGGACUUCCAAGCACUUACAACAAGGACUUGCAGGAGGACAAGGAGGCUGUAUUUGAAGUGUCAGACACCAUGAGCGCCGUCCUCCAAGUGGCCACUGGUGUCAUCUCCACACUGCAGCUUUGCCACCCAGGGUCCCUGGCACUCAGCACUCCCCUCACCGGCAUCCCCCAGAUUCACCGUGAGAACAUGGCACGGGCUCUUAGUCCUGACAUGCUGGCCACCGACCUAGCCUACUACCUGGUCCGCAAAGGGAUGCCAUUCCGCCAGGCCCAUGAGGCCUCUGGGAGAGCUGUGUUCCUGGCCGAGACCAAGGGGGUGGCCCUCAACCAGCUGUCGCUGAAGGAGCUACAGACCAUCAGCCCCCUGUUCUCUGGCGAUGUGAGCCGAGUGUGGGAUUACGGCCACAGUGUGGAGCAGUACACCGCCCUGGGGGGCACAGGACGCUCCAGCGUCGACUGGCAGAUCGGCCAGGUGCGAGAACUGCUGCGGGCCCAGCGGGCCUAGAGCCCUCCCCACCCCGCUCCUCAAUAAAGCUGGCUCAAGAGGA